UAUUUCUCAGCAAUCUUUUUCAGUUCAGAUCUUUUUGCACAAACUAAGGAAUGACGAGCUCUUUCUUACUAGCAUUUAAUUUUAUACGAAUCUGUAAACUAUAUUGUGGCGUAGAAGCCACUCCACGCCAGUUCCAAGUAACUCUUGGACGCAAGCAGUUCAGUGCGUACAGAAGUAGUCGGCUCAGUUCUUCAGUGCUGGUGGAGGUAGCUUGCUCGAUCAGUUUCAGCUACAUGUUGCGGAAACAUCUACAGUGGUGCGGUACAUAAAACGGGCCUAUCCCUUACGUGCUAAGUUUAGAUCUAGCGGAACGUGACUUGCCUGCAAUUAUGUUUCUUAUGGAAUCCUACGGGGCCUGGUGAUGACAUUCUUUAUCCAAAAUUAUUGUCGCCAUUGUAUCAUAUAAUAUUUUAUUGGUUUUAUUAAGUGUACGUGCUCUGAGUCACUAAACACAGUUCGCGAUUUCGGUUUUUCAUUGUCUCGUUUUUUCCUUUAUUUUCUUUCGAUUCAUUGUUACAUUUUUAUUAUAACGUAUAUUGCAUAAUUCACCUGAACACUCGAUAUCUGUGUCACAUCCAUAUUUCGCUCUUGGGAAGGAGUUGGAUGAUUGCAAGUGUAGUACAUCGAGCCGAAUCGACCAGUGUAACUGAAGAUAAUUAUAGUGUGGAGAAGAAAAUUAACGGAUAUUUCUUAAAUUCAAAAUCAUAUCGAUAUGGGUGGCUUGGCAAAUUGCGAUGACGGAGUAGCGCUUCUGGUGGAAUGGCUUAAGACGCAAGGACAUCUACCGCAGUCGAUUGACAAAAUGUUGCUGCAAAGGUUUUUACGUGCUACUCAAGGCGAUGUGGAGGCGGCGAAAAAAUUGAUUGAUUUAAACUACACAAUGCGCACCAAUUAUUCUCAUAUUUUUUUGAAAAGAGAUCCAUGUGAUGAAGCAACUCAAUGCGUGUUAGAUACAACGGACAUGAUCAUUCUACCGAACUUAACUCCUGAAGGCAACAAAGUUCUCUACUACCGAUUGAUAGAUUUCGACCCUGACAAGUAUCAUUUCAACGAUGUAAUCAGAGUUUUCUUCAUGUUUGCCGAUGUCCGCUUCAAUACACCAGAUCCAGCUGGGAUGAGUGAGGGCGAAAUCCCUAUAUUCGACAUGAAAGGAUUUACCUUGAAACAUUUAACCAAAGUUGUUUUGUCCACACUACGGAUAUACAUGAAGUUCACACAGGAAGCACAUCCUAUACGUCUAAAGGCAAUCCAUGUCGUAAACUGUCCAUCGUAUUUGGACAAGGUGAUAACAGUUAUAAAGCCCUUCCUCAGGAGCGAAGUCUUCAAAAUGAUUAAUUUCCACCUGUCCGGCGCGGAAACGUUAUACAAAUACGUCCCUAAGGAAAUGCUACCCAACGACCUUGGCGGACAAUGCGGCCAGAUCGCUGAUAUCAAAAGCGAAUGGGUUAAAGUUCUCAAGGAGAAAAGAGAUUUCUUAACGAAUGAAAAAUAUUGGAAAGUUGACGAAAAGAAACGAACCAAAUCUAAAGGAAACAAAGUGCCCAACGAAAGUUUUCAAAGUUUAAGCAUUGAUUGAUGGAUGAAUGUUAGUGUCCUCUUUGUUCAAUACUCAUAUAAAGGGAAAAUGGUGAUAAACGGUGUGUAUAGACUUCUAAGUUGUACUUAUAACGGGUAGAUAGUAGGCAGCUAUGAUUGUGUACAAUCGUAAGUAUUCAAUGCAUUUCCAGUAGUAGUAGUACAAGACUUGAAUCCGAUUAGCGAAGGA